UUGCGCUUCACUUCAACUCACCCCCCUCAGAAACAUUCUGCACUCUGCACAAAAAAAAACACAUACAAUAAUUACAUCAAAAUUAUUGAUGAAAUCAUAAAUCAAAAGUGUUAUACGAAAGUUAAGUCUGCUUAGACAGCUUUGAUUAAAACCAAAAAGCAAAAAAAAAAAAAACGCAAAAGUAAAUCAAUUUUAUCACAUAGUACAAGUUGUGUUUGUGUGCAGCUAAAGGGCCUUUAGAUUGCAGUGGAUCAAUAAACCCAAGCCAGUAAGCAACUUCCAGAACCACAGCAAAUAAAACAAAACAAAAAAAGUAACAGGAACAAGAGCAAAGACAACACGACGCAUUGAAGCAGCAGCGUACAAAAGAAUAAAAUAACAUUAAAAGACUGAGCAAAAUCCAAGGAACAAAUACCAGAAGCAAUCUCUCUCUCAUUGUAAAGAAAACAAACAACAAAUUGAUCUCAAUUCGAUAAGCAAUCAAAAAUCAAUUCAAUUGCAUCAAUCGCCUCACUCACCACUCACGGAAAGCAACUAGAGAACCCAAUCUCGUCGAAGCCGAGCAUCAGCUAUUGUAUAAUGUUUAGCAGUCUCGCAACGUUUCUAUUUGGAGCGCAAGCGACGUCUGAGUCAACUAAUAGCGAAGCGAAUCCUGUGCAGACGACCAACGUUAACGAUUCGGGCAACGAGCAGGCAACGGCUGGAGAUGUAAUUGAGGUGACUUCAUCGACCCCAUCGGUAGCGGGCAACAAUCGUGGUACUGUGCGUGCCACCGGUAAGCGAGGCAACGCUAAGAGCAGGCGUGCCAGGCAGCGACAGCAACUGCAGCAGCAGCAGCAGCAGGGCGGACAACGCAAACAGCCGCCGACUAUAACGAAGCUACUAACACCCAACGGCGAGUGCAUCAUCGACGAGGAUAUCGACGAGGACGAAUGGUACAUUGUCGAGAAGGAAGACGAGGAGGAGGACUCGUUGCCACGCAGCGACUCCGAGGAGGAGCUCUCUGUUGUCGAUCUACAGCCAAAGGCUGGAAGUGCCGCCAGCGGCAAUGCCGGAACGGGAGCAUCGCCAGCGGGCGCCUCGCGUCGCCGGCAGCACAUCAAUUCGCAUUCCUUGUACAGCGGACCGCGGCCACAGCAGCAGCGCAACUAUUUGCAACGCACGCGUGCCGCACGCACGCUAAGCAUCUCAACCCUGAGCCCGCCCAGAAGUGUGCCAGCUGGCAAUGGCAAUGACAAUGACGACAACAUCACCGCUGUCAGCCAAUCGCUGUAUGCACCACCGCCAACGGCAUCGCCCUGCGGCAGCGAUUCGAGCAACAACAGCUUGACGGCUGGCAAUGUUUCUGGCGUGCUGAUGGAGGAGUCAUGGUACGUAACACCGCCACCAUGCUUCACCUCGAUUGGGCCAAUCAAUAUGGAAGCAUCACCCUUUGAGAAUCUAUUGAUUGAGCAUCCAAGCAUGUCGGUAUAUCAUAGUAUUAGGUCUAGCCAGGCGGGCACCGAAAGUUUUGUGAAUCUUGAUCUCGGGGCAGCAACUGUUGAGCUGCCACAGCCAGCGGAGCCAGAGCCAGAGCCAUUGGCCACUCAGGCUGCCUCUGUGCAGCAGCAACGCUCCCACAGCGCUCGCUACGAUCGCCAUGCGGCGGUUGAGCUCAAGCAGCAAACACUGGCUCGCCACAGCCAGAAGAGCAACAGCAAGAAGCAGCAUCAGCAGCUCUGCCGCAGCGCCAUCAAUCGGGCCAACAAGGUGCGCGAUAUUCAGGCCAAGGGACAUCGUCCUCGUCGCUCGGACAUGCAGCACUGCAAGUUGGUUAGCGGUGCCAACAACAACCGCAAGUGCUGCUAGUUUCCUUGUUGUUGUUCUCGUUGUUGUCGUUGUUGUUGUUGCACCUCCAUCACUCGCCCCACUCUCCACACAGCACACAGCAACAGCAACAACAGCAGCAUCAAAGCAAACGCUCUCUCCUUUUUGGAGCUUUACAUAUUCAAACAAUCAUGGCAAAUAAAAAAACAAAA